GCGGUUAAAUCCCCCCAUCCGGGCCCGGGCGGCUGUCAUCCGCACGCCGCCGGGCCGGGCGCAGCACCAUGCCUACCCGCCGCCCGGGUCCGCUCGUCGCCGCCCUCCUCGUUGGCCUGCUGCUGCUCGGCUUCGGCUUCGCCCGGGUCACAAAAACAGUGGAAGAGAAAGCAGGCGUGUGCCCCAAGCUAAAGGAGGACCUGAACUGUACGCAGGAGUGCAAUUCGGAUGGAAAAUGCGCGGACAACCUCAAGUGCUGCCGGGCCGGCUGCGCCAGCGUCUGCCAUAUGCCCAAUGAAAAGCCGGGCUCCUGCCCCAAGGUGGACCUUCCCUUGACCCCGCUUGGCCUCUGCCGGGACCAAUGCCAAGUGGACAGCCAGUGUUCUGGCCAGAUGAAAUGCUGCCGCAACGGUUGUGGGAAAGUGUCCUGUGUCACCCCUGUCUUCUGAGCUCCUGCCACCAGCCCCUGAGGAUUCAGAUAGCAGAAGUUUCUGCCUGGCCCUGUCUGGCUCCGACCCAGCUGCCCUUCCCCUUCCUGGCCUCUGCACUCUCUCCUGCACUGACCACAGCUUCUCCUUUUGCCACCCAAUAAAAUGACCAUUCCCAGCACUGGUAGGGCCGUGGCCUCCAUUCUUACCAUUUGCCCCUGCCUCCCCUGACUCUGGGUCGAGGUGGGGUGGCGGGAGUGGGGGCAUGACCUGACCAUCCGGGCAUGAAGUCCAGGGAGGGAUCAACUCUAAUACAAUAAAUAUAAAUUCAGGGCUU